GCAUCGUAUUGAUAGACUGAUUUGACCUGAUACGAUGUUGUCCAGGGCACGUGAAUAAAGUAAUACGGUGAGUAGGGAUCAAUACGCUGCGUAUUGACAUGCCAGAUGAAAGUCUAUUUAUCCCUCCAUUCAUAUCUGUUACCCAUCACCCGACAUAUACUUUGCUUUCCUUUUCAUCUUCUUCUUCAGUAAAUUGUUAGUUUUUGGUUCAACCUUGUUAAAAUGUCAUCAUUUUGGAAGGAUAAUUAUUUCGGUAAUCGUUAUUCUAACGACACAUGGGGAUCAAAUGCUGCCAAUGAGGAGGAGGAGGUUGUGUCUGGAGUCCCUGUUAAUCAAGAAACACAGUUGCCAGACUUGAACAAGACUCCCACUCCACCUGUUGAUGAACCAAAUUACCCGGCGCAUCAAGUGUGUCCAGAUUACGGAUACGGGUAUGAAUCUCCGUACGUGCAACAAAGUGGAUACGGUGUUGAGAAUGCACCUGUUGAUGAACCAUAUUACCCGUCGCAGCAAUCGUAUCCGGGUUAUGGGGUAUACGGGGAUGAAGGUGGAUACGGAAGUUACAGUGGAUACGGUGGUGAUGGUGGAUACGGGGGUGAAGGUGGUUACAGUGGAUAUGGGGGCUACGGUGGAUACGAUAGAUAUGGGGGUGACGGUGGUUACAGUGGAUACGGGGGUGAAGGUGGUUACAGUGUAUACGAUAGAUCUAGGGAUGAAGUUGGAUACGGUGGAUACGAAGAACAUGGUGGAUAUGGUUAUGAGUCCCGUAACACAUCACUUUAUGAACCAUCUACCCCGGGCAAUCCAUUUCAAGUAAAUGAGCGUUUCAUGUCUCUAACUGAUUUGAAGAAUUGGGUACAAGAAACGGGAAAGGAUAAUGGUUACGUAAUUGUUACCCGCCGAUCAAAAAAUAUUGGCGGUACUACUGGGAUGGUAUGGCUUGUGUGCGACCGUAGUGGUGAACACCGUAGUAAAGCAACAGUUAGGAAAGCUGGUAGCAAAAAAAUCGGCUGCCCAUUUUCAUUACUCGCCAUCCGGGACGUGAUGAACGACACGUGGGAGUUAAAAGUGGACUGUGCGAACCAUAACCACGAACCUACGACGAGUCUGUUGGGCCACGCUUUUGUGCGAAGAUUUACUAAAGCCGAAUACAAGCUAGUGGAGCAGCUAACUGCUCAAAACAUGGAGCCACGUAUCAUAUUUCAAACCCUAAGAAAGCAGUUCCCCGACAGCCUGCACGUUCAGAAAGACGUGCAAAAUGCGGUACAAAAAAUUAGAGCGACAAUAAUGGACGGAAAGAAUCCUAUUCAGGCACUGGAAAGCCUGCUGCAUGACCGCCGAUUCAUUUACGACACCCGACAAGAUCCCAAAACAGAUGUCGUAACAGAGAUUUUCUUUGUUCAUCCUUAUUCAAUCACUAUGUGGCGUGCAUUCCCGCACGUGAUGUUGAUCGACGCGACCUACAAAACAAACCUCUACAACAUGCCAUUUGUCCAGGUUGUGGGUAUGACGUCGACUGGGAAGUCUUUUUGUAUCGCACAUGCCGUUAUUUGUAAAGAACGAAGGGGUAACUACGUGUGGGUGCUUGAGCGGAUCAAGUCAAUAUUGCAUAAAUGUAUGAUGCCGCGUGUGAUAGUCACGGAUAGGGAGCUUGCCCUAAUAAACGCGUGUUCUAAACCGUUUGGGGCUGCGUUUGCAGCCGUAAACCGGCGUUUAAACGGCUGCAAACACAGCCCCAAAGGGCAGCGAUUUCGCAGCCGUUUGGGGCUGCGUUUGCAGCCCUUUAAACGCCCGGUUACGGCUGCAAAUGCCGCCGCAGACGGCAGCGAAAACGCAGCCGUGUGCGGCUGCGUUUGCAGCCGUUUAAACGCUCGUUUACGACUGCAAACGCAGCCGCAAACGGCAGCGAAAUCGCUGCCGUUUGCGGCUGCGUAUUUGCACAAGAUGAUUUCCACUUCGAUCACUGCUCGAAACAAAAGCCGGGAGUGGUGUACGAGUGGUGACUUAUUCUUUUUGUAUUGCCUCUUAUACAAGAGGCCGUGCGCUCUCGCCUACGGGUUGGCGCAGUAUUUCGCCUCCGCGCAUCAUCGACAGGAGCGCGGAAUGCUAUUCGGCGGCGCUUACGUGACCAAGAUAGCCCAUUCGUUGGGCUAUCAUCCGGAGAACGACCGCGGCCGUGUAGGCCCGGCGGCACAGCCAAAGCGGAUGGGGAUGAACACAAUAAACGGGAUGCAUAUUACCAAAGACUUUCCAUGCGGGAAGCGGUUAAAGAAUCUGGACGGCACGCAAUACCAGCUUAAGGAACUGCCAGAAGAGUUCCCUCUGAUUUAUCCCCCGCGGGAUCCGGAGCCGCCGGAGCCGCAUGACCCGGCCGCCGUUCUUCCGCGGCCACCACAGCCGCGUGGACCACCCGGGGCGCCCCAGUUCCCACGCCAUGUUAUGCCCGGUCCUGACCCGUCACAUGAGCGGCUGCUUCGAAACGUUGAGAGAAACAAUUAUUUGUUAGAGUGGGUGGCUGCGGCGCUGCAGCAGCAGCGACAGCAUGACGGGUUACCUCCACUACCCUUCAUUGCGGAUGCGGACUGGGAUCAGCAUCAGCGGCAGCAGCAGCAGCAUCAGGAGCAGCAGCAGCAGCAUCAGGAGCAGCAGCAGUAG